AUGGGAUUGUAUCUGCAUCUGCUGCUCUUGCAGUACUAUUUCGUCUCCAGUUUUGUGUGCAACGCCGUGGCGUUCGUGGAGGAGCCCUCCGGUGGCAGGUCGGACGGGUACUGCGGGAGGAUCCUCCGGGCGCAGACCCAGGGGACCCGGAGGGAUGGGCACCAUGAGUUCAGACUCAGGGUGGAGGGGGACCCCGAGACUUACCAACCCGGCAGCACCUACAGAGUGGUCCUCCUGGCAGCCAGCCCUUCUUAUUUCAGAGGUUUCACCCUCAUCGCGCUGAAGGAGGGCAGAGAGGGCACGGUAGAUGACGACUACACCGGCCAGUUCCAGAUCAUCGAUGAAGAUGACACACAGUUCAUGACCAACUGCCCCCCGGCAGUGACGGAGAGCACGCCCCGGAGACGCACCAGGAUACAAGUGUUCUGGACAGCGCCCCCCACUGGCACCGGCUGUGUAAUACUGAAGGCCAGUAUUGUCCAGAAGAGAAUCAUCUAUUUCCAGGACGAAGGCUCGCUCACCGUUCGCCUCUGUGAGAAAGAGCCGGUGUUUGGUGACGCUACAGAAACACCUGCUAUGGAGUGUUGUGCCUGUGGAACAGCCAAAUACAGACUCACCUUCUACGGCAACUGGUCUGAGAAAGUGCAUCCCAAAGACUAUCCAAGAAGAGCCAAUCACUGGUCAGCUCUGAUUGGUGCGUCCCACUCCAAAGGCUACGUCCUGUGGGAGUACGGCGGAUAUGCCAGCGAGGGGGUCCGACAGGUGGCCGAACUAGGGUCCCCCAUCAAGAUGGAGGAGGAGAUUCGUCAGAAGGGAGAUGAGGUACUGACGGUCAUUAAAACCAAGGCUCAGUGGCCGGCGUGGCAGCCGCUCAACCUGCGUGCAGCUCCCUCUGCAGAGUUCUCGGUGGAUGGGACUCGUCACCUCAUGUCCUUCCUCACCAUGCUGGGGCCCAGUCCGGACUGGAACGUGGGUUUGUCGGGGGAGGAUCUGUGUACGAAGGAGUGUGGGUGGGUCCAGAGGCUGGUCACAGACCUCAUCCCCUGGGACGCCGGCACUGACGGCGGCGUCACGUAUGAGUCACCAAACAAGCCCACAAUACCUCAGGAGAAAAUUCGACCGUUGACUAGUUUGGACCAUCCUCAAAGUCCGUUCUACGACCCAGAAGGAGGAGCCAUUACCCCCGUGGCCCGGGUGGUGGUGGAACGCAUCGCUAGGAAGGGAGAACAGUGUAACGUUGUCCCAGACACUAUCGAUGACAUUGUGGCGGACAUUGGACAGGAGGAGAAGGAAGAAGAUGACACCCCAGAGACCUGCAUCUACUCGGGCUGGUCUCCGUGGUCAGCGUGCAGCAGCGCCACAUGUGAAAAAGGCCGAAGGAUGAGGCAGAGGAUGUUGAAAGCCCAGCUGGAUCUCAGUGUACCUUGUCCUCACACUCAAGACUUCCAGCCCUGUAUGGGUCCAGGAUGCAACAUGGAAGAGCCAUCGACGUGUAUGAUGUCGGAGUGGAUCAGCUGGUCGGCCUGCAGCGUUUCCUGUGGGAUGGGGAUGAGGUCCAGAGAGCGUUACGUCAAACAGUAUCCUGAGGACGGGUCGCUGUGUCAACUCCACACUGAGGAGACCGAGAAGUGUACCGUCAACGAUGAGUGCUCCCCCAGCAGCUGUGUAGUGACAGAGUGGGGGGAGUGGGACCCCUGCAGUGUCACCUGUGGACUGGGAAUGAGACGGCGUGAACGUAUGGUGAAGAUGCCUCCUAUAGACGGGUCAAUGUGUAAGACAGAGGUGGCUGAGGUGGAGAAGUGCAUGAUGCCGGAGUGUCAUACCAUCCCGUGUAUGCUGUCGCCGUGGUCCGACUGGAGCGAGUGCAGUGUGACGUGUGGGCGGGGCCUACGCACUCGUCAGAGGAUGCUUAAGUCCGAUCCUGCAGAAUGUAACGAGGAGCUGGAGCAGACGGAGAAGUGCAUGCUGCCCGAGUGUCCGGUCGACUGCAUGGUGUCCGAGUGGUCCGAGUGGUCCGAGUGUAACAAGUCCUGUGGUAAAGGUCACACCAUCCGGACCCGCAUGAUCAAACUGGAACCACAGCUCGGCGGCAGCCCGUGUCCCGAGACGAUCCAGAGGAAGAAAUGCAAGAUCAGGAAGUGUCGGACGAAAACAAAGGAGGAGAGAGGAGGAGGAGGAGGAGGAAAGAGGAGGAGAAGGGGUAAACAGGGCAGAGACGCAGCAGUGGAGGAACAGCCAGGGUGCAGGAUGCAGCCGUGGACCAGCUGGACGGACUGUUCCAAACCCUGUGGGGGGGGGAUCCAGGAGCGCUUCAUGCUGGUGAAGAAAAGACCCAAAGGCAGUCCGACGGCCAGCUGCAAGGACCGCAAGGAGAUCCGCGCCUGUCACGUUCAUCCCUGCUAGGGGGAGGGGGGGGGGGGCACUACUGAGCUACCAGAGGACGAGAGGUGGCGGGGGGGCGUUGGGGGGGGUCAGGAGUUGAAUCACACGAGAUCUGAGAAGUAGCGGGGGUCAGUUGGAUAAAGAUGACAGUACUUGAAGGUGAAGGUAGAGGGCAGGUUCAGACGUUUGGAAGAGGACCAGUAGAAUAUGGUGUGUUUUUUUUAGUGAAGCCAUUGUAGAUGUUUAGUUCCAGUAACAGGGCUGACUUUUCCUUUAGAACACAAUGGACGUAUUAGUGUGUGGAGUCUGUGUCCGGCAAAAAA